AUGGUAAAGAUGGAAAUUGAAGGGGAAAUGUCCGCCACCACUGCUAGCUGUCAGAAGUCAUUCGAGUAUCCUGGAGCGCCUCGACCAGAGUACUGCGGUACGGAUCAAGGAGUAUUCACCCCAUUGGUCACCAAAAACAACUCGGUUCGAAUCAGCUUUUUGACCAGUCCCGACAAGGUAAACGGAUUGAAGGGAUUCAAUAUGAGCUGGACUGAAGUGCGCGUUGAAGUGAAUCGGUCACGAGCUCAGCGGCUA